UUUUUUUGACUGGGACGAGCACCGGAAGUGGAGCGUUUGGGAACUUCCGGUGGCUCCAGUGGGUGAAAGGUGGCGAUUGAAGUGUCCUUCUGCUGCUCAAGUCACGAUGAUACCAAACACUGGGAAGUUAGCUGGCCGCACGCUGUUCAUCACAGGGGCCAGUCGUGGUAUCGGUAAAGCCAUUGCCUUGAAGGCGGCAAGAGAUGGCGCCAAUAUCGUCAUCGCCGCCAAGACCGCCGAACCUCACCCGAAACUACCCGGAACAAUCUAUACCGCCGCCAAGGAGGUGGAGCAGGUUGGCGGGAAAGCGCUGGCGUGCGUGGUCGACAUCCGAGAUGAACAACAAGUUGAGAACGCGGUUAAAAAAGCGGUUGAGAAAUUCGGAGGCAUCGACAUCCUGGUGAACAACGCCAGCGCCAUCAACCUGACGGGAACUUUAGAUACGUCCAUGAAGAAGGUGGACCUCAUGCUGGGCAUCAACCUGAGAGGAACAUACAUGACGUCCAAGACGGUGAUUCCUCACCUGCUGAAGGCUUCUUCUCCUCACAUCCUCAACUUGUCACCGCCCCUCAACCUCAACCCCGUCUGGUUCAAGAACCACACAGCCUACACCAUGGCCAAAUAUGGCAUGUCCAUGUGCGUCCUGGGCAUGGCGGAAGAGUUCAGAGGUCAAAUUGCGGUCAACGCCCUGUGGCCGAAAACUGCCAUCCAGACGGCGGCCAUGGACAUGCUGGGCGGCGACGGCGUGGGCAAACAGUGCCGUAAAGUGGACAUCAUGGCGGACGCGGCCUACGCCGUGCUGUCUCAGCCCAAAGACUACACGGGUCACUUCCUGGUGGACGAGGACAUCCUCAAAGAGCGCGGCGUCCACGACUUUGAUCAGUACGCCGUGCAGCCAGGUCACCCGCUUCUGCCCGACUUCUUCCUGGAUGAAGCGCCCGAAGUCCUCGUCCAGCAGAUGGAGCAACACGGUGCGUCACCGGCCUUCCAAGUGCCGCCAUCCUCGGCCACGCCCCCUCCAGGGGGACCAAUAGAAGGCACGUUUGAGGUCAUCAGAAGUGUGCUGAGCGAGGACGUGGUCAAGUCUACACAGGCCGUCUAUCAGUUUGACCUGUCAGGAGACCACAGCGGCGUUUGGUUUCUGGACUUGAAGAGCGGCUCGGGCAGCGCGGGUCAGGGCCCGCCGCCCGCCAAAGCCGACGUCGUCAUGACGAUGGACUCGGGAGACUUCAGCAAGAUGUUUGCAGGGAAGCUGAAGCCCACCAUGGCGUUCAUGGCGGGGAAGCUUCGCAUCAAAGGCGACAUGACGCUGGCCCUGAAGUUGGAGAAAAUGAUGAGUCGCAUGAACAAGUCCAAACUGUGACGUGCUCGCUCAAUAAAAGCCUUCAAGUGUG